AUGGCAACUGCUAAAGUAGUAGAUUCAUCUUCGUGUCGAAAGGUAGCUUUAAUCAUCAGCAAUGGUAAUUAUCAAAAAAAAUCCAACAAGCUGAGCCAAUCUAUAAGCAAUGCCAAUGAUCUACGUGAUUCUCUGAAAAAAAUUAAUUUCGAUGUGAAAACAGCCAAUAAUUUGACAAAAAAAGAAAUGACUUCACAAAUAAUCGAUUUUUCUGAAUUGAUCAAAAAUGGAGACUUGGUUUUAUUCUAUUUUUGUGGUCAUGGUUGCCGAUUAAAUGGGAAGAACUAUCUUAUACCUGUUGAUGAUGCCACAAUACAAACAGAUAGAGACGUUGAAGAUUUUGCAGUGAAUGUUGAACGAACAAUUACGCGUCUAUUAGAAAGAAAUUCUUCUUACGCAACUAUAUUUAUUUUGGAUUGUUGUAUACCAUACACAAUGAAGAAUCCAUCGGCAUCUACUCCUAUUGUUGAAGCCAAAUCCUUGUGUGAAAUUCAAUCACGUCCUGGUGCUCUAAUCCAAUUUGCGUGUGCUUCUAGUCAAACAGUAAAUGACGUUCGACCAACGGGUCGAAAUUGCUUGUUCAGCAAACACUUAUUAAGGAAUAUAACCCGAGAAAAUACCCAUAUAACUACUGUUCUGCAAGACGUAGCCGAUCAUGUGUACCGAGAAAGCAAUCGUACAAAUAAAACCUUGUGUAUUAAUGGACUAGAUCUGAAAGAAAAAAUUUAUCUCAAUGAAGUGAUUGUGCCUGUCGUAGAAAAAGAUACCAGUCUACAUACCAGAGAUUUUAUGUCGCAACAACCGUUGAGACCAGAAGAAAAGAUUUAUUAUGAAGAAUGUAAAGAAUACUAUCAUUUAACAGGCCAACCAUUAAUUUCAAUCCCGGAAGAAGUCUUUGAUAAUUCAAUGGAAUUAGCGACUUCAUCUAUGAAAAUUUGUAUUGAUGAAGAUUGCAAUCAAUUGAAUUUACAAGCGUUUAUCACUGAAUUUUGUGGUAAAAUAAAGUUAUCACCCAAAGACAUGCAAAUCAAACAAAUACAAGUGGGUUCAUCCAUAAUAGAAGCAGUGAUAUUCAAUAAGUUUGAAUCGAGUGAUAAAAAACUAUCUAUAAAAAUGAUGUGUAAAUUAUUUACCGACAAAUUACGCGAAGAAUUGGCUAAGCUGAAGGUUUUCUUCAUGUUCAUGGGUCCUAUAAAAGCGCUGUUUAAACAGCAAAAAUAUCGUGCUGAAAUUAAUCUCAAUCCUCAAUAUAAUCGUAUAUAUAAACCUGGUCAUUGUUUUUGGCAAGGGCCUAUCAAAGAUGGAAUAGAUCGUGGUGACAGCCCUUACUAUUGUCCAGUUGGAUGGAAACGAUAUUCGUUUUAUGUUACUGAUCGUUUCUCUGAAAAAUUCAAAGGAUGGUGCAUAUGUUAUCAUGGUACAAAAUUUACGUAUGGUUUAUCUAUUUUAUUGAACGGAUUAAAACCAGCAGAGAGAAAUGAACAUGGCGCAGGUAUAUAUGUUUCUCCAUCGAUAAUAUAUACGUGUCAUCCAAGAUAUGCUGAAGUGAAACUACUUGAUUCAUCAAGCCAAAGGAAAUUUUUCAAAUCGGGUAAAUACGUACAAUUUGUAUUAGAGUGUCGUGUUCAUCCCAAUAAUAUCAGGAAAAAAGCAAGGGAAACAUUAGAUGCCCGCAAUACAACGAUUGAUUAUAACAUAGACAAUGGAGUUAUCGAAUGGCUGAUUAAUAGUCAAAACAAAAGCAUUGUAGAUUUUAAUGAUCCAGAUUCUUCUAUUGUUUGCACUGGACUAAUGAUUCGUGUUACAAAUGAUCAUCCUGGUUUACUACCGGAUUCCCAAUGGUGGUACAAUUCGCAUAUAUGUAAUAAUAAAAAUUGCUGCUUGUUAGGCAUCGAUUUUGAUACUCUCCAAAGACGGUUCUCCAACGGUUACAAAUGCGAAAUCAUCGAUGAUUGA